UAGAACAAGAAAGAAGAAGCAGAGGGGAAGAACCAGACAUUAUCCGGACACACCGAGCUCAGUAGCCGAAACCAGAAGAUAAUGGCGCUGUCCGUGUCCUCCCUCGCCUCCUCCCUCUCCUCCCUCUCCUUCUCCUCCCAAGUCUCUCCCAAGCCCAACGCCCUCGCCCUCCCUCGCCCCAAGCCCCUCUCCGUCUCGCUCCCCUCCAGAGCCUCCCCUCUCGCCGUAUCCGCCUCCGCCGCCGCCGCCCCCGCCGCCGCUCCGUCGGAGCCCGAGGCCGCGGACCUCCGGAAGUACGUCAAGUCGCGGCUCCCCGGCGGGUUCGCCGCCCAGUCGAUCUUCGGCACCGGCCGCCGGAAAUGCGCCAUCGCUCGGGUAGUUCUGCAGGAAGGCACCGGCAAGGUCGUCAUCAAUUAUCGGGACGCGAAGGAGUACCUUCAGGGCAACCCAUUGUGGCUUCAGUAUGUCAAAGUACCAUUGGUGACACUGGGUUAUGAAAACAGUUAUGACGUGUUCGUUAAAGCUCAUGGUGGUGGACUCUCUGGUCAGGCUCAAGCGAUCUCCUUGGGCAUUGCUCGUGCAUUGCUGAAGGUGAGUGAAGACCACCGAUCACCUUUGAGAGAGGAAGGACUUUUGACUAGGGACUCGAGAGUAGUUGAAAGGAAGAAAGUCGGUCUCAAGAAAGCUCGUAAAGCUCCUCAAUUUUCCAAGCGCUGAGGUUCCAAAUUUUUUGUGCAGUUGGCCUACUUGGACAGUGCUUUUGUCUUUAUAUUAUUUAAAAUCCUGAACUUCAAAUUCAUGCUCUCCUCUAAUUUAGCAUCGGCGGCGUUGCUUCAUGGAUGUAUUGUGUACCUAGUAGGAUGGUCAGUUCAAAUGCUUGGCAGUUGACAGUUUCAAGCCUUCAACACUAGGAAUUUGACAGAAUGAUAACUGUAUGCGUCAUAGAUCCAAUUGCUGGUAUAAAGCUCUUUUUUGUUACUCU